ACUCUUUCGUCCAUGUGUGUUUACAUGUUGCAGCCUUGAUAUUUCAUAACGAUAUUCGUGUGUUAUUGAACCUAAACAAUCACUUUGUGUUUGUUGAUAACCACGAAUACCGCCAAUCAAUAAUCUAAUUUACGCGUUUGAAAGAUGAAAAGAACGAAAAUUCCCCAAAAUAAGGGCAUUUCGCCAGGAGAGCAAAGGUCAGAGACGAGUCAACAGCCAAUAUCGCAUAGAGACAGAGCGCGAACCAGAGGGAAACAGAAUACUACAAAUAAAACAAGUUUCUUUUCACGAUGUUUAAGUAUUGGGAAAUAUAUUGUACUUUUAAUGGUUUUACCUGCAUUUUUAAAUCAUGCUCUGUUGUACAAGGAAGGAGACGUCUUAAAACCUCCAGGACAGAUUUAUGAAAUUGAUGAACAAAAAAUGUAUUUGCAUUGUGUGGGAAGAGGAUCACCAACAGUGGUUCUAGAUGCUCCAACAGGCAUGUCAUCAGAUGUGUGGAUUUUUGUCCAAGAAAAACUAUCCAAAUUAACUAAGGUCUGUAUUUAUGACAGAGCCGGUUUGGGAUACAGUGAAGCUCCCUCACAGUUUCAAUAUAAAAAUGUAGAAACAGAUGAAAAAGAGAAAUCAUACAUGCAUAACAAAUGGCAAGAAGCAACCACUGAAAGGAUGGCUGAUGAUUUAAAAAAACUGUUAUCCGUCAGUAAAACAGAAUUACCGUAUAUACUGGUUGGUUCAGAAAUUGGAGCUUUGAUUGCAAGAUUCUAUGCACAGUUAUCAGAAAUAAGUGAUGUUACAGAUAUUGUCCUUAUUGAUCCUAUCACAGAAAUUUUGUUCAAAAUUGAUGACGGAAUAUGGACUCAAUUUUGGUUCGGUCAUUUAGUGCCAUCGUUUCAAGCACUUCAUACAUCGGCCAUUGUGGGUUUAUCAAGAAUAGCUUUACUAAUGGGUUUAAUGCAACAGCCAAUCAUAGGGCCAGAAUUUACGCUUCCUGAUGAUGUCGUAGCUAGACAAAAAUAUUUAUUGUGUAAUCCAAGUCAUUUAAAAACUGUAGUUGAUGAACAUUAUUUUAUUAAUGAAAGCAUAUCACAGAUUAAUACUUUGUGGCAGAUGAAGUCAUUUCCAUCUAAUAUAUCUGUUACCGUGGUAACAGGAAACUAUUAUGAUGAGCAGCUUCCAAGUAAUCUCAAUACAGCAUGGGCUAAAUCUCAUCAGCAUUUGAUUUCAACAUUGCACCCUGGUUGUAAACAUAUUGUGAUAAAUGGAGCCGAUCAUCAUAUGUUGUAUCGAAAUCCAGACGCAGUGACUGAUCCAAUCAAAAGACUGGUACGACAGUGGAGGCAACGUCGCGCAAAGACUGUCAAACAGUGAUGACAAAUAAAAAUAUUUUUAAAUCACAUUUUUAAAUUUCUUGUGGCAUAUUUAUUGUCUGUCUAGUGGUCACUUUGUUGUUGUCUGAUUAUCAUAAUUUAAAGCAAUCUCAGAAGGUGAUGGCUGCAGAAGGGAGAUUUUCAGAACUAGAUGCAUGAAGCUGAUAACAGCCACUGGUGGCGCUAUAUACAAUCAAAACCUAUUUAGGCUUGCCAACGCUC